AUGAACCAAAGGGCGGCCAUUUCGACACAGACGGGCGGUGCUUUUACAACGACACGAGAUCUCAAGGAAGCCAUUGCACCGGUGCUGGAGCUGGGACGUACAGACCAAAAGAUGGAGGGCUCGUCGCUCAACGUCAGUCUCAUACCGGAGGUGGAAAUGAUCAGCCGUUAUGAUAUUGUCACCCUGGACCAUCUUUACUGCACGUGGACGAUCGUUGACAGCCGUCGAGACCGACUUUGA